AUGAAGAUUGCAAUCGAGGGGUGCUGCCAUGGCGAGCUCGACGCAAUCUACACGCACAUUGCGCAGAUGGAGCAGCGCGACAACUUGAAGGUCGACCUCCUCCUCAUAUGCGGCGACUUCCAGGCGAUACGCAACCACGGCGACCUGCAGUACAUGGCCGUUCCAGACAAGUACAAGAAGCUUGGCGGAUUUUACAAAUACUACACAGGCGAGAGGCAGGCGCCCAUACUUACCAUCAUUAUCGGCGGGAACCACGAGGCGUCAAACUACUUUUGGGAGCUAUACCACGGCGGCUGGGUCGCACCAAACAUUUACUUCCUCGGCCACGCGGGCUGCGUCCAGGUCAACGGCAUCCGCAUCGCGGGACACUGGGAGCGCGUGCCAUAUAGCCACGGCUCUAUGCGGAGCAUCUACCACAUUCGCGAAUUCAACGUCCGCAGACUCUCCCUGCUCUCCUCACCGACCAUCUUCCUCUCCCACGACUGGCCGCAGGGCAUCGAGCACCACGGCGACCUGCGCGGGCUCCUCCGCCGCAAACCCUACUUCCGCGAGGAUAUCCAGCGCGGCGCGCUUGGCUCGCCCCCGCUCACGGGUCUCCUCCACACUCUGCGCCCCGCAUGGUGGUUCGCCGCCCACCUGCACUGCCGUUUCGAGGCGCGUGUCGUGCACGAGGCCCCGCCCGCGGCCUCUGCAGAGGGAACGAACCCGGAUGAGAUUGUCAUCGAGGACGAGGAUGAGGCGGCGGGAGGCAAUGCACCGCCAGCGAACCCAGACGAGAUUAUACUCGACGACGAGGUGGACGCUGUGGAGGCACCCCCGCCUCCGCCCCCGCCCCCGAGCGAAACGCGCUUUGUCGCGCUCGACAAGUGCCUGCCAAAACGACAAUUCCUGGAGAUUGUCGACGUGCCAGAACCGGACCCGAAGACCAGCACGCCAGUACUCGCAUUCGACCCAGAAUGGCUUGCGAUCACGCGCGCGUUUCACUCUUAUAUGUCUACGAGCCAACAUCAGCCGCCAUUCCCAGACGAGGCAACUGCGCGCGAGGCCGUCGCGCGGGAGUUGACGUGGGUGCGGGACAAGCUGCUGUCAAACCGCGAAAACGUGGUCAUACAGGACAUGCAGAGCUUCGUAAUUACGGCGCCCGUGCCUGACGCGGAGGGGAAGGGGCCGAAGCAGCCACCGCCCCACUACGCGAAUCCGCAGACUCAGGCGUUCUGCAUGAUGCUCGAAAUCGAGAACAAGGUCGACCCUGCUCAGACGUCGUGAGCGCGCCAAGGCCGAGUCCGUGCUCGCGGAGCCCACCUCGGGUAGAAUUGUUCGCCAACGUAUUUGAUGAUCAGUCAAUCAGUCACCCCCAAGUCGCGUAGCCCAAAUUUAAAUGAAAUCUCAUCACGUCAUGGCGCCGCGUCGCGUCGCGUUGUGGGGCGUUGUGGGUUGCAACGUGCUCGGAGCAGAUAUUCUAGAAACGCGCAGGACGUGAGAAGGGUGCGCGGACUGAGACUCGGACGUUUGGGAACAGGUGAAGGGAGUGGCGGGCCGUGGGCUGAUG